GACUUAAACUAGCGAAGCUUGCUUGGUGCCCACUCCAGCUGGCAGCCUUUCGUGCCAAGUCGACAAGCCUUGCGCCGGCCAGCUCGCGCUUUCCAAAAUGGGCCCGAUGCUGCUUCAAGGAAGAUGUUUAGGCACCUUUACGGGCAUCGGUACCUUGCGAAGCCGUCGGGGAGAUGCCCUUCUUGCGCACGCACGCAAGCAAGUAAAGAAGAAUCGGAAACAGCAGCAGCGGGGGCCUGGCGACGAGGUUGACGAGCUAGGCUCGGACCCCGGGAUGUCCGCCACACGCCUCGUGCUGGAGAAUGUGGAGCUGCCGGCGGCCCCCUCACCCCGCAGCCGCCCCGGGCGAAACGAGGCUGUGUCACCCGAGCAGAUUUACCCCGUUUUCGCGCCCAAGCCGGGAGCAGCUCAGUCCAACGCACCCUGGCGCUGGGAGGACGGCGAGCGGGAUAGCGACCGCGAGGACGAGGGCGAGGAGGCGAGCAGCAGCGGGGCCAGCGACGUGCCAAAGUGGAACCCGCGAACGGGCUUCAUGAAGACACAGGCGGACAUAGAGGCGGAGCAAGCCGCAGCGGUGGAGGCAGCGGCGGCGGCAGCAGCAGCAGCAGCAGUGACGUCAGGGGCUGCUGGCGCAGGAGGGCUAGCGGCAGCAACACCAGCACCUGCAUCUGCAGCGGGGCGGCCAGGGACGUCGGGGUUAAGAACGGGGUCAGGCGCGGCGGCGGCAGUGCGAGCUACGUCGGGGCCAGUAGAGGUCUCGCUGACGGCACCGGGGCCGGUGCAGCAGCCGUCAGCCGCCUCGACGUCUGCGCCGGCCGCCGCGCCACUGCCACCGGCCUCGCGUAACGCGGUGCUGACCAGCGCUCUGGGCACGGGGUUCUGGAUGGCGGUGAUUGCCGUCUUCUUCCGCAACUACGCAGCCCUGAACAGCGCAGCCGCCAUGGGCACUGACCCGGAGGCUGUGGCGGCGCUGCUGCGCUGGCCUUCCGGCUUCGAGUCCUUUGCCGAUGUUGCGGUAGCGGCGGGCGCGGCGGCGGCUGUGACGGCGGCGCGGCAGGCGCUGCUGGGCGUGUGGGGCGACCUGCGGGAGGCCACCGACCGCUCCAACGCGCAGAUCCUGACCACGCUGAACCCAUUCGACAUUGUCCUGGUUGCGCUGGCCUCCGGCAUUCCCGAGGAGCUCCUCUUCCGCGGUGCCCUCAUCCCCGCCACCUUCCCUGACUGGCGCGGUGCCGCGAUCGCCGCUGUCAUCUUCGGAGCGCUUCACACCAGCGGCGGCCGCAACCCGGCCUUCGCGGUGUGGGCGGCGGCGGUUGGUGGGCUGUACGGCGCAGCUUUUUUGGUCACGGGAAACAUCUGGGUGCCGGCGGUUGCGCACGUGGGCGCCAACGCGGCGUCGGCGUUCAUAUGGAAGGGCAAGAAGAUUGCGGACAUGGAAGCGGCGCGGGAGGCCCAGGCGCGGGAGGCGCAGGUAGCGGCUGGGAAGCGGUAGCGGCUGCGGUCAGUCAUGGUCGCGGUGGCGGUGCGGUGGCGGCAUUGCAGGAUGGACGGGCCGUUGGGGUGCGCGUGGUGUGCGGUGGUGUGGUGAGAGCGCGAAUGGAGCGGGCAUUGUAAAUGCGUGAAUGAGAGUGUGCUGUGCCUUUAUGCGAGGGUGUGCGUGCCCAAGUGCGUGCCUAGAGGUGGCACACAGUUGUGAAGCCAGCGAGAGAGUCAUGCGCAAGCCGCACUCAGGGAUACAGGAGGAUCACCAGUGGUGGUGAGAGGUGAGAGAGUUUCGUUAUGACUGUGGCGAUCCGCUGUAAUGGUGCUCAGGCGCAAGUCCGGACCAGCUUCAUUCAACCGGCAUUGUUGCAGCGGCAGGUUUUGUGGGGAUUAAUGCCACAGCC